CCCCCCGUGACGUCAUCCGAGGCUGGCUGGCUCGCGCCCCGUCCGUCCGCAGCAUGGAGGGGGAAACGUGAGCUCUCAGUGUCGGCUGACUGACUGCGGCGUCAACAAACAAAAGCGGGUCAGCGCCGGUCGUCAGUCACGGGAGCCCGCGGAUAUGUGCGGGAAUGUCACGCAUUCCGAAGCUUUUGAUGACGGACAUCUGCUGAUGAUGGAGCUCCAGGUCUGACCCACGCGGUCCCCCGAUCUAGUUAUUAUUCCCCAACAUCUCUAACGAACGUCUCGAUGGUGCUGGAGAGGGACGUGAUGGACAGAAUCGGGUCCACCAUGCAGAAGAAGGCGGCCGAGCUGGAGAGGCUGGCUGAGGUUCUAGUCACCGGAGAACAGCUGAGGCUGCGUCUGCAUGAAGCAAAGGUGAUCAAAGAUCGAAGGCACCACCUCCGCACUUACCCAAACUGCUUUGUGGCCAAGGAGCUCAUUGAUUGGCUGCUUGAACAUAAGGAGGCCUCUGACCGGGCCACUGCCAUCAAGAUCGUGCAGAAGCUUAUGGACCAGAGCAUCAUUCACCACGUGUGUGAUGAGCACCGGGAGUUCAAAGACUUGAAGCUGUUUUACCGCUUCAGAAAGGAUGAUGGCACCUUCCCGCUGGACUGCGAGUCUAAGGUCUUCAUGAGGGGUCAGCGGCUCUAUGAAAAACUAAUGAACACAGAGAACACUUUGAUUCAGAGCAGACAGGAGGAAGGCUCGCUGUUCGAGCGAUCCCUGGUCGCCUCAGAGUUCAUCGACUGGCUGCUGCAGGAAGGAGAGACUCCAACCAGGGAGGAGGCGGAGCAGCUGGGCCGGCGGCUUCUGGAGCAUGGCAUCAUUCAGCACGUCACCAACAAACAUCAUUUUGUGGACGGACCUCUCCUCUACCAGUUUCGCAUGAACUUCCGGCGACGGCGGCGGUUGCUUGAGCUGCUUCACGAGCGCAGCCGCAGCAUCCCGGAGAACCACGACAGCCCCUUCUGUCUCCGGAAGCAACAGUCGGACGGAGGCAACAGCAGCUUCCUCUCAGUGAGUCCCACCAAAGCUGUGGUGGGCGUUCGGCGCAGCAGCAUGAGCAACAGCUGUGGCAGCAGUGGUUACUACAGCAGCAGCCCCACUCUCAGCAGCAGUCCACCUGUUCUCUGCAACCCCAAAUCUGUCGUUAAGAGACACGUGACUCCAGAGGAGCUGCAGAAACCAGGAGGAUCUUUUGCCAAGAAAACAUUCACUAUCAUCGGCGAUGCUGUCGGUUGGGGCUUUGUGGUGCGAGGCAGCAAACCGUGUCACAUUCAAGCUGUGGAUCCCAGUGGACCGGCAGCUGCUGCUGGCAUGAAGGUGUGUCAGUUUGUGGUGUCUGUGAACGGACUGAACGUCCUCAGUCACGACUACCGGACGGUCAGUAAUCUGAUCCUGACGGGACCCAGGACAAUCGUCAUGGAGGUCAUGGAGGAGGUUCAAGACAACCUGCACCCAUGAAAAUACAAGGGGCAGUAUAGAGACAAGAAAGUCCUGCUAUUGACUUUAAAAGCACAUUAACCAAGAAAAUGGAGGCCUUUGAAAGAACUCACUUUCAUGCUUGCUUGAGGUGGGUGGUUGAAACGCAAAGGAGUAGAAAAAGUAUUUGUUGGUUGUGUUUUGGGUGAUAAAAACCUGUCGCUGACUAUAACGGAGUGUGAGAGGAUGUGACGCAAAGUGGAGAGAAACAAGUCUGAACCCAAAGUGUAAAAAACGGGAAAAAAUAUUUCAUGGAUAUAUGCAGUGACCUUUGCCCCAGUAAGAGUGUGGAGAAGGUUUCCUGAUGUGCCAUACUGCCCUCUGCUGGUCAACACAGGAAGAUACAUAGAGCAUCCAGAUAACCCUGUAUCUUUUACUCGUUUUUUUUUUAGUUGGGAAAAACAUAACAAAGUACGCCAGUUAAGUGAAUGUGAAGGUACCGAACAGUCUUUUACUGAAAUGCCUUCUGAUAUAUUUUAAAAAUCACAAUAAUCAUAGAAAACAGAUUGGAUGCAAACCACAGUUACAGGUAAAAUCAUAAACAGACCUUUUACUAUAGAUAGGACUGUUGAUGUUUUAAAAAUAUAGAGCUUUAGAUCAAAUAUUUUUUAAGAGAAGAGUAGAUUUUUAUCAUAGAAGAUGUAGGAUGUUUAUUUUUAAUCUCUAUAAAAACUGUGCUUAUGUGCUUAUAAAGCACAUUCUGAAUCAAAUCCAGUGAUGGUUUUAACUAUUUUGCCAAAAUUAUGUUGACAUUUUAUAUUUCAUUAAAAUAGGGCCCUUUGCUUCUCAAUGCCAACAGUUAGCUUCAUGUUUGGUUUUCGUUUGUUCAGUUAAAAACAUAUAUAUAAAUGUGUGUAUGUGUGUAGUAAAAUAAAAAAAACUCAUUUAGUUUUCUGGGUUCUUUUCUGUGAAAAAGAACUGUGAUUUGGGAUAUUUGGGUUUUCAGAUGUUGGCCAGUACAAAAAGAGAAUAUUUUUUUUGUUUAAGGCCCCCUCCAAUCAUUUUUUGAUCUAUUUUCAAAGCUUUCCCAAUGACCUUGUAAUUAUUAUUUUGCCGUUUUUAGCCAAAAUAAAAGAAGAACUUUCGUUUUCUUGGACAUAGUUUCCGCAGAGCGGCAGGAGUUAAAAAAAAUAUCCACCUUAUAGUUAUUUCAUCUGCUACUGAUUCACUUUGAUUUAAGUAAAACAAAAACUCAGAAAUGCAAUUUUAAGCCUGAUUCUCUUUAUAUUGGCUCUCCAUCUUUAGAAAAAUGCUCAAUGAACUUCAAAAAUGCAAUUUUCAUCGGAGUUGGUAGUUAAAGUGAGAAACUCUUAGACAAAACGUGCAGAAGUUUGUUCAGGCUUAAUCAAACAUUCACUAAAACAUUAGUUUUACCGCAUUUGUUUCUUCACCAUGUCAGUCUGGGAAAAUAAAAGUUAGAAAUAUGGAUAUUUAGGAGCUGUGAUUAACACUUUUUUCUGUGUAAAUCUUCUACUCGUCGUGACUUUUGUUUAAAUUCCAAAUUGUUGGGUUUUAGAAUUAAAUAAAUGUACUAAGAUGAGGGUUCCUUUUUCUUGUUGUGAACAUCCAGUGUUUUAAGUGGGUCUGGUUUAGUCUAGUUGUCACAGUGAACUGCAUGUAGCUUUACCUCCUAACCCAAAGCACUUCGCGGGUCACAAGCUUCACGCAGAGUUCAUCUGGGAGAUCAUUUUAAAGUGAAGAGGGCGUGAAGCGGCACUGCACAAACGAUGCACAAAGAUAAUGUACUUUCCUGCACACAUUCUGACUGUGGUGAUAAAGGGAGAUUCUGCACAGAGAACAGUUUUACCUCAAGUAAUCUCCAGAUCAGCACAGGAAGUUAUUCAUCUCGUUCCGAGAACUUUCCACACAACUUUACUAUUUUUCCUAAAAAAUGUAACAGCCUUUAGAUCACAAAAAAUGAAAAAUAAUUAUCCUUUCCCUUGCUUAGCCAGCCAUUUGUGCUCAAAUAAAAAUUAUGUUGUUUGAUAAAUAUAAAAUUCAUUUGAACUUUAUGCGAAAUAAAAUAGCUUCCUCGUGUGAAUGUUUAGGUUUGGUGACCAGGAUGAAAAACGGGCAAACUGACUGUUUAACUGAAAGCUUCCGCCUUAACAUAUCAUUUAGCUGCUAAUUCCUAUCAGCGCUUUUUCACUAAAUUCUUGGCGUUUCUCUACAUACGAGACUGCCUUGAGAUGACACACAAAGCAGGGAUCACAGAGAUUUACCCUGCCAUCAUCGCCAUUGUAUGUUUUAUAGAUGCAAAAAGGAGACUGUUCUUUGUUUUCUCAUGUUGACGCUGAGGUUCAGCAGGUACUAAUGUUGAUUGAAUGUUGGAUUUGGAGAUGAUACCAGCUCACAGUCAGUUUCAUUACUGUAAUCUAAUAAAAUAAAGUGUUUAUUGAACGGAA